GUCUCCUGCUUUGUGCGUCACAGCUGCGACACACGCGGCUCUUCCGUUCGGCCUGCAGACGCGCUUUCACGUUUUAACUCGUAAUUUAUAACCGAAAUCCGUGAUAAUUAUGGCCGCCGCCGCAGCUCCCGUGAGGAAGAGGAUCCUGAAGGAGGAGGACAUGACGAAGAUCGAGUUUGAGACGAGCGAGGAGGUGGAUGUGACGCCGACGUUUGACACGAUGGGCCUGAGGGAAGACUUACUGCGCGGGAUCUACGCGUACGGUUUUGAGAAACCAUCUGCGAUCCAGCAGCGAGCCAUCAAACAGAUCAUCAAGGGACGAGACGUCAUCGCCCAGUGAGUCCUGCUGGAGAUCUGUUCUGGAGAAAGGAGAAAGGAUGUGACUGUUUUCCAUUGUAUCUCAGUGCUGCAGUGUCUGGAUAUUCAGGUUCGAGAGACUCAAGCUCUGAUUCUGGCUCCCACCAGAGAGUUAGCAGGACAGAUCCAGAAGGUGCUGCUGGCGUUGGGAGACUACAUGAAUGUUCAGUGUCACACCUGCAUCGGAGGCACAAACGUGGGCGAAGACAUCCGGAAGCUGGACUACGGUCAGCAUGUAGUGGCUGGAACGCCUGGCCGAGUGUUCGAUAUGAUCCGCAGGAGGAGUCUGAGGACUCGGGCCAUUAAGAUGCUGGUGUUGGAUGAAGCGGACGAGAUGCUGAACAAAGGUUUUAAGGAGCAGAUCUAUGACGUGUACAGAUACCUGCCGCCGGCCACUCAGGUGUGUCUGAUCAGCGCCACGCUGCCUCACGAGAUCCUGGAGAUGACCAACAAGUUCAUGACCGACCCCAUCCGCAUCCUGGUCAAACGUGAUGAGUUGACUCUGGAGGGCAUCAAGCAGUUCUUCGUGGCUGUGGAGCGAGAGGAGUGGAAGUUCGACACUCUGUGUGACCUCUACGACACGCUGACCAUCACACAGGCCGUCAUCUUCUGCAACACCAAGCGCAAGGUGGACUGGCUGACGGAGAAGAUGAGGGAGGCCAACUUCACCGUGUCCUCGAUGCACGGAGACAUGCCCCAGAAAGAGCGCGAGUCCAUCAUGAAGGAGUUCAGAUCUGGAGCCAGUCGAGUGCUGAUCUCCACAGACGUUUGGGCCAGAGGUCUGGAUGUUCCUCAGGUGUCUCUCAUCAUUAACUACGAUCUUCCCAACAACAGAGAGCUGUACAUCCACAGGAUUGGUCGAUCGGGUCGUUACGGCAGGAAGGGUGUGGCCAUCAACUUUGUGAAGAACGACGACAUCCGUAUCCUGCGUGAUAUUGAGCAGUACUACUCCACACAGAUCGACGAGAUGCCCAUGAACGUGGCUGACCUGAUCUGAUCCGAUCCGAUCCCAGAACAUUCAACAGCAGUUUUGCUUUCACCUGAGUUUUUAUUUCCCGUUUACUGUGAUAUUUUUUUUUAAUCUCCUGUCUUCACGUAGUCGAGCGCUCCGGAGCAGUAUGUUGUUCUGAGCGGGCUUCAUUUAGCUUUUGUAAAUAAAGAACAUUUGUCUCUGA